AUGGUUCCUUCGCAAUCUGAAAAUUCCAGAGCACGAGGAGAAUCUCUAGCUGCCACAAGUUCUUCAAAUGCAGCCAACCCUCCUUCAAUUACAAUCUCGGCGCCGUCCACGACUCCUCCCGAAGAUGCUGAUAGCACAAGAGGCACAACUUCUCCAGUUGCCGAUAAUGAUCCUCCGUCACUCGUGA